ACUCGCUCUCAGGAGCUGCGACAAUGCUGGAUCCGUCCUCCAGCGAGGAGGAGGGGGAUGAGCUGCCCGAGGUGGCUCGCAGAGCGCCCGCCGCCCAGAAGAGCCGCGGCGGCGGAGCUCGGCCGUCGCCGGGCCGCGGCGCGAGGCAGCAGCCGCCGGGCCGCGGGGCCAGCGCCGCCGGCCGCCCCGCCAGCCCCAGCCCCUCGGUGGGCAGCGACAAAGAGAAGGAGGACCUGGAGAAGAUGCAGCGGGAGGAGGAGGAGAGGAGGAAGAGGCUGCAGCUCUACGUCUUCGUCAUGCGCUGCAUCGCGUAUCCCUUCAACGCCAAGCAGCCCACCGACAUGGCCCGCAGGCAGCAGAAGAUCAGCAAGCAGCAGCUGCAGAGCGUCAAGGAGCGCUUCCUCUCCUUCCUCAGCGGGGAGACGCAGGUCGUGGCCGACGAAGCCUUCAUCAACGCCGUCCAGAGCUACUAUGAGGUCUUCCUGAAGAGUGACCGCGUGAGCCGCAUGGUGCAGAGCGGCGGCUGCUCCGCCAGCGACUCCCGCGAGGUUUUCAAGAAGCACAUCGAGAAGCGCGUGCGCAGCCUGCCGGAGAUCGACGGCCUGAGCAAAGAGACGGUGCUGAGCUCCUGGAUGGCCAAGUUCGACACCAUCUACCGAGGCGAGGAGGACCCCAGGAAGCAGCAGCAGAGGCUGACCACCAGCGCCGCCUCCGAGCUCAUCCUCAGCAAGGAGCAGCUGUACGAGAUGUUCCAGCAGAUCCUGGGCAUCAAGAAGUUCGAGCACCAGCUGCUCUACAACGCCUGCCAGCUGGACAACCCUGACGAACAAGCCGCUCAGAUCAGAAGGGAGCUGGAUGGACGUCUGCAGAUGGCCGACCAGAUCGCUCGCGUGGGGGGGCGCUUCCCGCGCUUCUCCUCCAGAGAGAUGGAGUCUGCGUACGUGGAAGAGCUGCGCUCCUCCGUCAACCUCCUGAUGGCCAACCUGGAGAGCAUGCCCGUGUCCAAGGGAGCAGACUUCAAGCUGCAGAAGCUGAAGCGGGGCCACAACACCUCCAUCAUGGACAUGGGCCAGGAGGACGAGAACACGCUCUCCAAGUCGGACGUGGUGCUCUCCUUCACCCUCGAGGUGGUCAUCAUGGAGGUCCAGGGUCUGAGGUCUCUGGCGCCAAACAGAAUUGUUUACUGCACCAUGGAGGUGGAGGGCGGACACAAGCUGCAAACUGACCAGGCAGAGGCGUCCAAACCCACUUGGGGCACACAGGGCGACUUCACCACCACCCAGCCGCUGCCCGCGGUGAAGGUCAAGCUGUUCACCGAGAGCACCGGAGUGCUGGCGCUGGAGGACAAGGAGCUCGGGCGGGUGGUCCUCCAUCCCACUCCCAACAGCCCGAAGCAGUCGGAGCUGCACAAGAUGAGCGUCUCCAAAGGCUGCACCGACAGUGAGCUCAGGAUCCGACUCGCCGUUCGCAUGGACAAGCCGCAGAACAUGAAGCAUUGUGGGUACCUGUGGGCUAUUGGGAAAAAUGUGUGGAAAAGAUGGAAGAAGAGGUUCUUUGUUCUUGUCCAGGUCAGCCAGUACACCUUUGCCAUGUGCAGCUAUCGUGAGAAGAAGGCUGAACCUGUGGAGCUGCUGCAGCUGGAUGGCUACACUGUAGACUACACCGACCCUCAGCCAGGUCUGGACGGUGGCCGCACGUUCUUCAACGCCGUGAAGGAGGGCGACACUGUGAUCUUUGCCAGCGACGACGAGCAGGACCGGAUCCUCUGGGUGCAGGCCAUGUACCGGGCCACGGGACAGUCCCACAAGCCAGUUCCUCCCACGCAAGUACAGAAGCUCAACUCCAGAGGAGGAACCAUGCCUCAGUUGGAUGCUCCUAUAUCUCAGUUUUAUGCUGAUCGAGCGCAGAAGCAUGGCAUGGAUGAGUUCAUAUCAGCCAACCCUUGCUACUUCGAACACGCCGCCCUCUUUGAGUUGGUGCAGCGCCUGACUCUUGACCACAGACUCAACGACUCCUACUCCUGUCUGGGCUGGUUCAGUCCUGGCCAGGUGUUUGUGCUGGACGAGUACUGCGCCCGCUACGGCGUGCGAGGGUGUCACCGCCAUCUUUGCUACCUGAGUGACUUACUGGAGCGGGCAGAAAACGGAGCCAUGAUCGACCCCACCCUCCUGCACUACAGCUUCGCAUUCUGCGCCUCCCACGUCCAUGGAAACAGGUACAGACCUGACGGUAUUGGGACUGUCACCGUGGAGGAGAAGGAGCGUUUCGAGGAGAUCAAGGAAAGGCUUCGGGUGCUUCUGGAGAACCAGAUUACUCACUUCAGGUACUGCUUUCCGUUUGGACGGCCGGAGGGGGCCCUGAAAGCAACGCUGUCCUUGCUUGAACGGGUUCUGAUGCGAGACAUCGUGACUCCAGUUCCACAAGAGGAUGUCAAGUUUGUGAUCGGCAGAUGUCUUGAACAAGCUGCUCUUGUCAACUAUCAGCGUCUGUCAGAAUACGCCAAAUUGGAAGGGCAGAAGAGGGAGAUGUAUGAGCAUCCUGUCUUCUGCUUGGCGUCUCAAGUGAUGGACUUGACCAUUCAGAAUGUGGGACGCUUAGUCACUCCAGCCAAAAAACUGGAGGACACCAUUCGGCUGGGUGAGCUGGUGAUCGAGGUCCUGCAGCAGAACGAGGAGCACCACGCCGAGGCCUUCGCCUGGUGGUCGGACCUCAUGGUGGAGCACGCCGAGAUCUUCCUGUGUCUGUACUCGGCUGACAUGGACGCUGCUCUAGAGGUGCAGCCCCCUGACAGCUGGGACAGUUUCCCACUCUUUCAGCUGCUGAACGACUACCUGAGAAUGGACUAUAACCUGUGCAACGGAAGGUUCCAUAAGCACUUGCAGGACCUCUAUGCCCCCCUGGUGGUGCGCUACGUGGACCUCAUGGAAUCCUCCAUCGCCCAGUCCAUCCACAGAGGCUUUGAGAGAGAAUCCUGGGAGCCGGUCAAUAAUGGCUCGGGGACGUCGGAGGAUCUCUUCUGGAAGCUGGACGCUCUCCAGACCUUCAUCCGAGAUCUCCACUGGCCAGAGGAAGAGUUUGGUAAACACCUGGAGAUGCGGCUGAAGCUGAUGUCGAGUGACAUGAUCGAGUCCUGUGUGAAGCGGACCCGCGCUGCAUUUGAGGCCAAGCUCCAGAGAAGCAGCCGGGCAACAGACUUCCGCGUACCACAGUCCAUCUGCACCAUGUUCAACGUGAUGGUGGAUGCCAGGGCCCAGUCGGCCAAGCUGUGCUCCAUGGACCUGGAACAGGAGAGACAGUACCACUCUCAGAUCAACAACCUCAUCGAGGAGACGGUGAAGGAGAUGAUCACUCUGCUGGUUGCGAAGUUUGUGGUGAUUCUGGAGAGUGUGUUGGCAAAACUGUCCCGAUACGACGAAGGGACACUCUUCUCCUCCUUCCUGUCUUUCACAGUGAAAGCUGCCUCCAAGUACGUGGAUGUGCCAAAGCCUGGGAUGGAUGUGGCCGAUGGCUACGUGACCUUCGUCCGCAACUCUCAGGACAUGCUGCGGGAGAAAGUCAGUGAGGAGGUUUACGUUGAAAGACUGUUUGAUCAAUGGUACAGCAGCAGCAUGAACCUGCUGGGAACGUGGCUGACGGACCGCAUGGACCUGCAGCUCCACGUCUACCAGCUGAAGAUCCUCAUCCGCAUCGUGAAGAAGAAGUACCGCGACUUCCGCCUGCAGGGCGUCCUGGACUCCACGCUCAACAGCAAGAUGUACGACACAGUGAAGAGCCGCCUGACGCUGGAGGAGGCCACGGCCUCCGUCCGGGAGGGAGGCAUGCAGGGCGUCUCCAUGAGGGACAGUGAGGAGGAGGAGGAGGAGGAGGAGGAGGAUGGCCGCUAGUCCGCCGCAGCCCGUCACCACCGCCGCACCUUCUGCCCCCGCAGGAGAGUCUGAGGAGGAGACGGCGGCGUGGUGACGCGCACGUGCUUCGUAGAGCGUCUGCGACGGACCACCUGUGCCUGAGUCAGCUCCCACUGGACGUGUGUCCUGCUCCACCUCUGCUUCACCAGAGUUGGACCAGUGAGGGCCUCACGCGUCUGGACAGUGGCUCCGCCUCCUGGCGCGGCGCCUGCAUGCUGCUCAGCUCCACCUCUGCUGGUGUCCUCUUCACUCACCCAACCAUCUCCUGCUUUUGCCAUGUGCUUCCUCCUGAUCUGGAAGUGUGGACAUGGCUGAGAAACCAUCAGCCUUCUGCUGUUGGAACCAAGUCAUGGUGAAGGUCUUCAUCUCUACUGACCGAGGAGCGUGAGGAACCCGAGCUCUUGCUCUUCACUUUCAUGACCUGCUCUGUCUUUCGCUUGAGCUCUGAGCUCAGUCCUGACAUCGACCCACGUGACGUCCCUGAGCUCGGUUCAGCUGUGAGUGGCUGCUGCUGACUGUGUGACCAGAGACGCCAUCGGCUCAGGCCCCUGUCUUCCUGGUCACCUGAGGUCAUGAGGGGGUCAAAGCCACCACAGGAAGUGAGGAGGCCAAGCUCCGGCGCGACGUGACGGGACCUCCUGCUGGAGCGGGUGGCAGAGGGGGCAUGGCCACAGAGGUCACAUGCUGAGACGGGCUGAGUCAGCAGUUCACCCGAGUCACGGCCGGGUCCCAGGACGCUGCUCGCCUGCGCCCCUCGCUGGUUUCCAGUGACGUUGUGAAGUGUCCAGUGAUGUUGUUCUUCUGCCCAGUGAUGGACACGUGCUGUCGCCUCCGUGUUGCCUGUGUUCCUGUGGUUUUCCUGCUGAGAGCGUUGGAAUAAAGAUGGAAGA